CAAACGUUUUAAAUUACUUCUUGUUAUUAAUAUAAUAAUUAUUAAAUCAUGGCCUUUUAUUGAUAACAGUGAAAUAAAUAAUAUAAAAAUCAUGGAUCAAGAAAAUAGAAUAGUGACUUUAAUUGAUAUGGAUUGUUUUUACUGUCAAGUUGAAGAAAAGCUGAAUCCUGAAUUAAAAGGGAAACCCGUAGCUGUUGUACAAUACAAUCCCUGGAAAGGGGGCGGGAUUAUUGCAGUAAAUUAUGUGGCAAGGGCUAUGGGGGUGAGUCGACAUUUGAGAGGAGACGAAGCCAAGGAGAAGUGCCCUGAUAUCCAGCUGCCCAAUGUCCCAUGUAUACGAGGCAAAGCUGAUCUCACUAAAUACAGAGAAGCUGGUAAGGAGGUGGCCAAAGUACUGCAGAGGUUCACACCACUGUUUGAAAGGGCAUCCAUUGAUGAAGCAUACUUAGACAUCACUAUUCCUGUUCAACAAAGAUUGCAAACAAUGAAUGUAAAUGCAUUAACAAAGACAAUGGUACCCAAUACAUUUGUUCUUGGAUAUGACAGUAUAGAUGACUUCAUAUCAGAGGUUCAGAGCUGCGGAAGUGACAAUAUAGACUUUGAUUACGAACAGGCAAAGCAAUUGCUUGUAGGCGCAACUAUUGUGAGUGAGAUCAGGGCUGCUGUGUUUAAUGAAACUGGUUAUGAAUGUUCAGCAGGCAUUGCUCAUAACAAGAUAAUGGCCAAACUUGUUUGUGGAAUGAAUAAACCAAACAAACAAACUGUUUUACCUAAACAUUGUAUUGAUAUACUUUUUGAGUCUUUGCCUGUAAAGAAAGUGAAAAAUUUAGGCGGUAAAUUUGGAUACAGUGUUUGUGGAACAUUAAAAAUCAGCAAAAUGGGUGAACUACAGAAGUUCAGUAAAACAGAACUCCAGAACAAAUUUGAUGAGAAAAAUGGUUUGUGGCUUUACAAUAUUGCCCGUGGUAUAGACCUGGAGCCUGUUCAAGCUAGAUUUAACCCUAAAAGUAUUGGCUGUUGUAAACAAUUCAGAGGGAAGACAGCCCUCACAGACUUAGAUAGUAUCAAGAAGUGGUUCAAAGAGCUAAGUGAUGAGAUAGAAGAAAGGUUGGAGCAAGAUGCAUUAGAUACUAACAGAACUCCGCGACAGAUGGUAGUGAGUUUCUCGCAGCAGGUGAAUGGGCGUGACGUCAGCAGCUCACGGUCAUACAAUUUUAUAGCAGAUGAUGAUCUCUGCUCAGAACUUUUCUGUCAAAAAGCUCUCGAAUUAUUGUUGGACAGCACUGAAGGAGUCAAACCUAAAGAAGGAGAACCAAAUAGACAGUUGAAAGCUCCAAUAAAAUUCUUGGGUCUAAGUGUAGGAAAGUUUGAGGAUCACGCCGAUAGUAAGAAAAUAAAAAAGAUUAAAGACUACUUUUCCUUCGCAUCUUCAAUAAAAGAAGUUCCAAAUGAAAAUAAAGAAACAAUAACUAGAAAAAUUAACGAGGAAAAGAUUGUUAAGAAAAAUGAAGGCAAAGAGCAUAUUUUCGAAAAAUUCUUUAAAAAUGUUGCCAGCACAUCUUCAAAUGCACCAAUAGAUGCAAAAGGCGCAAUCAAAAACGAUUCAAACGAAGAUAAUAUUUUACAAUCGUCUCUAGAUAAGCAAGAAUCAUUCUUUGCCAAGUUUCUUAAAAAUGAACAUAACACUUCAGAUAAAACUAAUAGAAUAGACGAAAUCAGAGACCCUUCGCCAAAUUGUAAUGUAAACUAUGGAGAAGAAAGCAAUGAUACUGAUUACUCUGGCUCUACUAUUGAUAUGGAAAUUAAUAAAAGUAUUUCGUUAUUCGAAGACGAUCCUCCAGACGUAGACCGGGUCAGUAGGAUGCGGCAAUUGCUUAAUAAAUCUAAUACAAUAGAAAAAUCCUUUCACGAAACUGAUCCUCUAACAGAUAGUAUAGAAGAUAACAAAACACUCAUUCAAAGUAGCGAAACUAAUUUAGAAACAUUCAAGUGUUCAGAAUGUGGUAAAAUAAUCGAUAUUAAAACAAUUGACACUCACGCUGAUUAUCAUUUAGCCCUUAAACUAAGAGAAGAAGAAAGACUACUUAGACGUAAAGAAGUUUUAGAGAAAAAUAAAGAAAGAGCUCCAGAUAAAAGUAAUGUAAAAGAGUUCAAUCCCACCCGAGAGACAAAAAUAAAACCAAUACAAGAACAAGUUAAAAAGAACGAAGGUUCCUCAAUAGCUAGUUAUUUUAUGAAAAUGGAUGAUAAUGUACCAACUGAGACUUGUGCUGAAUGUGGAAAAAAGUUGCCUUUGGACAAAUUUGGAGAACAUUUAGACUUCCAUGCAGCUCAAAAGUUGAGUAGAGAGCUAAACAAUAAAGUUAAAAGCAAUAGUGUUGAGAACAGUGUUAAAAAGAGAAAAAGAAAUUCAGGAUCCCCUGUGAAAAAACCUAAAGUACCUUGUAAAUCUAUUGAUCUUUUUUUUAGAUAGCAAGAAGUAAUAUAUAGGGCAUGUGUAUUAUAUUAUGUAUAUUUGUUAAUAACUUUAAUUUUCAAAGAAAUGUUCUAAAACCAAUAAAAUAGUAAUCAUA